AUUGUUAAAUUUGUCUGGGCAACGGAGCACAGGGGGGAAGCCAGACUUUGAAAGAUCAGGGGAAGUAUGAAGAAAAGAGUGCUCUGAAGUUGAAUGCGAAGUUAUAUCUCACAUCCCGUCAGUGUUAUUUUUUAUGAGUGCAGUUCAGGUUUUUUCUUUUUGGACGGGGCGGGAUCUGCAGUUAGCUCCCUGGGUCCAGCAGGCAGGCUGCUGCCGGCUCUGCAAUGAGCUUCACUGAGAAGUCACGAAAGUCUUGGAUUGAGGAAACCUUCUUCAAGAGAGAGUGUGUGAAGUUUAUCCCCUCCUCUCGGGAUCUACACAGAUGCACGCCAGUAUGUCAAGUAUGCCAAAACCUGAUCAGAUGUUGUUGUGGCCGCCUGAUCGGGGAGCACUCUUGGCAAGAGUCCCAUCCCCCGAUAUCCCUCCAUCCUGCUCCUGGACAGGACGUGGAAGAGGACUGGUCCAUCGAGCUCCACACCAAAGCCAGCCCCACCGAUGCCUACGGGACCAUUGACUUUCAGGACACUGCCACCCGUGUCUGCCGGGCCACGUUUGUUCGUGUGGCUGUGGACUCAAAGCCGGAGGUGCUGCUCCAACUGAUGCUGAGAGAGUGGCAGAUGGAGAGACCGAAGCUACUGCUCACCGUCCAGGGAGGCUCGGAAAACUUCACCCUGCCUCCUAAAAUCAAGCAGGCCUUCAGCAAAGGGCUGAUGACUGCUGCCCUCAGCACAGGGGCCUGGAUACUCACUGAUGGCAUCAAUACAGGUGUGUCUAAGUAUGUGGGCGAGGCAGUGAAAACAUUUGGGGGCCACGACCUGAGGAAGAGAAACACAGUCGGCAUCACGCCAUGGGGAGUCAUUGACAACAACACAGACCUUAUAGGCAGAGAUGUGUUCAGGCACUACCAGCCACUGGGGAACCCUUUGAGCAAGAGGGCCUGUCUUAAUGGUUUCCACUCCCACUUUCUGCUGGUGGAUGAUGGAACGCUGGGAAAACAUGGCUGCCAGCAAGGCCUGAGGAAGAAGCUGGAGAAACACAUCCGACUACAGAAGAUACACCCUCGAUUGAACCAAGGAGUGCCUGUGGUGUGUGUGGUGGUGGAGGGAGGCCCUGCCAUUGUGUCCACAGUGCUGGACUAUGUUAGCACUGUGCCCCCUGUGCCAGUGUUUGUGUUUGAGGGAUCGGGCAGGGCUGCUGACCUGCUCGCGUUCUUACACAAGCAGACUUCUGUUGACAGGCAGUUGGAUCCUGACAUUAAAGAGGACUUCCUUGUCAGGAUUGGAAAUGUGUUUGGAGUAGAGAGAGAAGAAGCCUCUCAGCUGUACGAUGUCCUCCAGCAGUGUAUGGAUCACAGACAGUCUAUAACCAUCUUUGACUCAGAGUCAGAGGACCAGAUGGCGCCUGAUGCAGCCAUUUUGACAACUACUCUCAAGGGCACUAAGGCCAGUCCUGCAGAGCAGCUGAGUAUGGCCCUGGCCUGGGACAGAGCUGACAUUGCACAGAAAGAUGUCCUGGUGUACAGACAGCAUUGGCAGGUGGGUUCCUUGGAGCAGGCCAUGCUGGAUGCCCUGGUGAUGGAUCGAGUCAGUUUUGUCAAACUGCUGAUUGACAACGGCAUGACGAUGAACCGCUUCCUCACUGUGGACCGCCUCGAGGAGCUCUACAACACGCCGCAGGGACAGACAGGCCGCUUCCUCCACCACCUCGUUGAAGAUGCAAAACAGACUUCUCUUCCCAUAGGUCACCGUCUUUCUCUCAUUGACAUGGGCCUGGUCAUAGAGUACCUCAUAGGCGAAGCGUACCGCAGUACCUACACACGUAAACUCUUCAGAACUGCCUACAGCCGCCUGCGGGACAAAGAGGGUAGACGGGACAGCUCCACCUCCUUGUCUAGACAUAGACGGGGAUUAAUGCCAAACUCUAGCAGGGUCAGGAGUCUCCAGGACCUGCAGUUUUUUAGAACUGCUCAGCCCUACAAACAUAAGGAGCAAGAUGAGUCACCUGGGAGCAGUCGAGUUGUCGAGCCAGCAGCGGGGCAUCAACCCGGCCUUGGUGAUGCCACACUGCUGGCUCCCUUCAACUUCAACGACCUGUUCGUGUGGGCCGUGCUUCACCAGCGUCAGCAGAUGGCACUGUUCCUGUGGCAGCACGGCGAGGAGGCGCUGGCACGUGCCACCGUGGCCUGUAAGCUUUACCGCUCCAUGGCCUUUGAGGCACGGCAGAGCAGUAUGGACGACAACAUUGCAGAGCGAUUAAAGACAUAUUCACUUGAGUUUGGUCAGCUGGCGGUGGAUAUGUUAGACUGUGCAUUUCGUCAGAACGAGCAGAUGGCCAUGAAGCUGUUGACUUCAGAGAUGGAGGCAUGGAGCCACUUCACCUGUCUGCAGAUGGCUGUCUCCUCAUGUCAUAGACCAUUCGUCUCACACUCCUGCACCCAGACCCUCCUCACAGAUCUCUGGACCGGUCCGCUCAACAUGAGGAAAAACUCAUUUUUGAAGAUUAUUUUGAGCCUUCUUCUGCCCCCUGCCAUCCUGCUACUGGAGUUCAAAAGCAAAGCUGAAAUGUGCCAUGUCCCACAGUCCCAUGAGGCAAUGCUGUUUGGGCUUGACGCUGUGAAGUCAGUUCCAGCCCAUGAGGGAACUGAUCAGACGGGCAGCCAGGAUGCAGAGCGAGGCCUGUCGUUCCAUGAGAAAUGUCUUGGUCCUGUGUCAGACACCGUAUCCUCUGUGACCGUGCAUUGUCUGUCCUGGAUCACAAGACUGUAUGAAUUCUACACAGCUCCUGUUGUCAAGUUCUGGUUUCACACAAUGUCCUACUUGGCCUUUCUGAUGUUAUUUUCCUACGUGGUCCUGGUGAAGAUGGGGGAUAAACCCAGUGUUCAGGAGUGGCUGGUUAUAGCGUACAUCUUGUCCACUGCAGUGGAGAAAACCAGAGAGGUACUAAUGUCCGAGCCGAGGAAGCUGAGCCAGAAGCUGAAGAUUUGGUUCUCAGAGUACUGGAACAUAUCAGAUUUCAUUGCCAUCCUCCUCUUCCUGGCUGGACUGGUAAUGCGUUGGCAUGCUGAUCCAUUCCAGACGGCAGGACGCAUCAGUUACUGCCUGGACAUCAUCUUCUGGUUCGUCAGGGUGAUGGAUCUGCUGGCUGUCAAUCAGCAUGCUGGCCCCUACCUCACCAUGAUCACUAAGAUGACCAGCAACAUGUUCUUCAUAGUGGUGAUGAUGGCUAUAGUGCUGCUGAGCUUCGGGGUGUCCAGGAAGGCCAUCCUGUCACCAAAUGAGGAUCCGUCCUGGAGCCUAGCUCGUGAUGCAGUCUUCCAACCCUACUGGAUGAUCUACGGAGAGGUCUAUGCAGCGGAAAUAGAUGUGUGUGACGAUGGUAUUCCAUGUCCUCCUGCUUCCUUCCUCACGCCCUUCCUCCAGGCUGUCUAUAUGUUCUUCCAGUACAUCAUCAUGGUCAACAUUCUCAUUGCAUUUUUUAACAACAUCUACUUUGACAUGGCAUCGACAUCUAAUAAGCUGUGGAAAUACAACCGCUAUCGCUACAUAAUGACUUAUCAGGAUAGGCCGUGGCUGCCCCCGCCCCUCAUCCUCCUCAGUCACAUGACCCUAGGUUUGAGAGCCAUCUACAGGAGAUGUAGUGGAGGUGCUGAGCGGGAGGAGAGAUGCUCUGGACUUAAGCUCUUCCUGGGCCAUGAGGAUUGCAAGAAGCUCCACGAGUUUGAGGAGAAAUGUGUAGAGGCCUACUUCCACGAGAAGAGUGAAGGGCUCCACGGCAGUCACAUUAACAGGAUCAGAGCCACAGCUGAGAGAGCGGAGGAGAUGUGCAUGAUGGUGGGGGAGGUCUCAGAGAAGGUCAACUUCAUUCAGGACAGCCUGUCAGAGUUGGACGGUCAGCUGGGUCAACUCCAGGACCUUUCGGCGCUGGCUGUGGACACCCUCACUCUGCUCUCCGCUUCUGACAGCCUACAUCAGGAAGAGACGCGACUGGCUCAGUGUCGACCCAUCACAGCGUCCCGGCACAUGCUCCCUCACAGCUGGACCCCCCCACACAGAAGUGGAGCAGACUGUGAUGUACUUAAUAUGCGGCGAGUGAUGGCCAAGUCGUGCAAAAGUACCCCGCCUUCUUUGCUGAAGGGCUAUACUCAGAAGGCGAGUAGAUUGGUAUCACAGGAGUGCCAUGUCGGAGCCAGGGGGAGCAGGGGAGGAAGACCAGGACACACUGAGGAGGAAGACGAAGGAGCAAAAGAGUCUGCUUCUGUUGACCAUCCCUGUGAGAACUGGCUGGGAGUUUCUAGAUGCCGACAGACGCCCUGUGAGUUCUGUGGACCAUCCCGCUGUGGGUCUCCUCUGUCUUCCAGAGGCAUGGAGUCACCACAUCACAAACUCUGGACAUGUGACCCAUACCUGUAUCCCAGUCAGGAGGAAACUUCCAUGGAAGAGGAGGCAGAGGAAGAAGAAGAGGAUGAAGAAGAAGAAGAAGCAGAAGAGAAAGAGGGAGACGAGGAAAGGUCACAGGAACAGCUGUCUAAUAUUAACAUAUCCAGAUCUUCUAGCAAUGCUGUCCUUCUCUCUGACCCUCGAGACGUCUCUGAGGGUUUAGUAAAUCCUGCCUUUUCUCAGGAUGACAGCCUACCAAGUCCUCGGUCCAGACCUUCCAGCCAAUGGGUAAAACCUGUGAAGUCCCCCAGGUGGGCGUGUCUGUCCAGAGACCGUCCCUACGGCCACUGCAGGUCUCUGUCAUCCAGCGUGGAGAACAUGACUUUCUCUGGGGCACCCCUCAGUCCAAUGAGGGGAUCAUUUUCUUCUCUUAAUGAGGCAAUGAACAAAGAGAGUUUGGCUGGUGGGAGGAGUUUUAGGGAGGACACAUCGCUGCGAUGCAGAGAGUGGUCAAAGUCCUCUGACUUCGCUCAGGCAGACAGCAGAGGCAAGAACCAGAACAGGAAGACUGUGAAGAUACAGGAGAGCAGUCCAGAUACUUCCCACAUGUCUGAUGCCUGCUGGAGAAGGUGCCGGAGACUGAGAGGAGAACCUACAUGUUGGUCAGCUUCAGCCAGCCUCAGUCAGCUCAAUUUUGAACCAAUGGAUUUGUUGCAGAAGCAAGUGUUUUCCCAUCAGGAUGUGUGGAGCCCCCCUCAUUCAGCAUGGAACAGCUGGGCCAGAUCCAUGAGCCGUAGGUCUUCUUUACAAAGUGGGAUUGCCCCUGAAGUGAAGAGCUCCUCAUUCCCGUCCACUGACAACUUGUAUCCGCACUAUUCAGCUAUGGAGAGAAACAACCUGAUGAGACUGGCUCACACCAUUCCCUUCACACCUGUCUCCAUUCUGGGAGGUGAAGAGGUGAGCAUCUACUCCCUGGAGGAAGUUCCGUCUGAAGCUGACUCCGAAUCCAGCACAGUCUCCUCCUGGUCGUCACGAGGACUCUCUGCCAUGCUGCAGCCUCUCUCCAGUGAAGAGGGCUCUCUGGAUGGGGGUCUCCGGCAGGGCCUCAGGGUGCUGUGUACCUGGGCAGAGCAGGACGUGCUCAGACCUGGUCUGGUAUACGUGGUCAAAGCCUUCAGGCCGGAGGUGGUUCGUGCCUGGCAGAGGUAUUUCCAUGGUAGCACGGCACUGCAGCUUUGUUUAAGGGAGAUCCAACAGCAGAGGGCAGCCCAGCGGAUGAUGGAAGUGUUCAACCAGAUCAAACCUGAGGAUAUGCACUACUCACCAAGGUUUCUAGAUGUCUCACUGGUCCUCUGGCAUUCAAACGGCCAGUACCUGACCAUUGAGAGGAACAUGUGUGGCGACUUCAGGAAGUAUAACAACAACACAGGAGAAGAGAUCCCCCCCUGCUGUUCACUGGAGGAAAUGCUGCUGGCGUUCUCCCACUGGACGUAUGAGUACUCACGCAGGGAGCUUCUGGUGCUCGAUAUACAAGGAGUUGGAGAGGCUCUGACCGAUCCAACGGUCAUUAUGGCAGACGAUCAAAGUGGUAGCAGGGGUGAGAUGCUCUUUGGUCCUGAUAACCUCGGAGAUGUCGCCAUCAAAGGUUUUCUGCAGAAACACUCUUGUGGCGCCUGCUGCCGCAGACUGGGCCUAACAGAUUUCUCCAACAAAUCAAACCAAAUUAUUCAUGCCGGAUGCGUGGACUUCCUCCCAGGCCUAUUUAAGGAAGCGUCCGGACAGCAGCGAGGCGUAGUCGACGUCGGGGAAAGAUGAACAAGAGAACGUUGAAACCGGGAUGUAACCUUUGACCUGGGAAGUAGGGAAAAAAAAGAAACUUGCACUUUUCGCCAACACAUGUACCGAGACAUGUCUGCCUGAAAACACACACUCACACAUAUGUUCUCAGUAAAUACUGUCUUGGUGUCCUGCGUCAUCUCGGAUUCCUUCGCAGUGGAAACAGGGAGAUAGAAAAGUGAUUUGUUAUCAUGAGCAGUCUGUAACACUAGAGAUUUAAUUACUGUAAUUUGUUCAAAGGAUGCUAAUAUAUUUUUUCAUUAUAUUAAGUAAAUAUUUUCAGGAGGAAGGGAGUGUUGCAAAUUAUUCUUCUAAAAAAGAGUUUAUGUUAUUAAGCUGUAUUUGAUAAAUCAUAAUAGGACUUUUUGUACUAUAAAUAUUUUGAUAUUUAGACAAUGAAAAUUACUGUUAUAACUAACAUUGUUACAUCAUGGAUUAAUUUACUAUGGGUAAAAUUGUUCCAUGUUUGGUUAAAAUAAAAAAAAGUUAAAAUCUAACAA